UGCGAUCGGUCAAAGGUCAUCAAUUUUCGCGCGUAUUUUGUAAUGUCAAAAAGAUGGCUACCUUGCUCCCUCCCUUUAUAUAUGUAUGUAAAAUAUUGUGUGUGUAAGGUUGAUUGGCACAGUUUCCAGAUGCCUAAGGGGUGAUGAUAAGGAACCAUGGACAGGGCAGAGUUAGAUGGCUGGCUGGACCGUGCCAAGUCCUGGGGAGAGCCAGGGGGUGUUGUUUCCACAGAGGGACUGAAGGACACCUGCACGUGUCUGGGAGAGUUGGGCACUUUUCUGAAGCGGCUUCAUGUUGCCAUGACAACAUGGGAGAGGCCAGCAGCUAUUAUGAGACAUCUGCCCAACAUUGGACAGUUCCUAGGAAGACUGUGCCACAACCCUGCUGUUUUAGCAUGUGGUGAUACCUGCACUGUUCUCCAGUCCUGUCUGACAGCCCUGUGUACAGACUGUCCACAGGAGGACAUAGAGAGGAGGGCAGCCGGCUGGGCCCAGAAAAUGUUGAGACACGUGAUAACAGGACCAUCAGGCAAUAGUGUGAGAGAAGCCAUGGGUUACCUGCCUUCUGACCAACAUAAACUAGCCCUGGAAAAGGCUAUACAUGCUCUAUCUGAAGACUUAGAUCAGCUACAGCAGGACAGAAGGUUAAAAGCAAGACAAGCACAGCCCUGUACUUUACAUCAGUUGUCAGAACUGUGUCUCCCUCUGGUCACCCUGCCUGCUGCUUCAGCAGUGGUGGAGAAGCUGCUCCUGGCAGGAUUAGAAGGAAAGGCAGGAGGGGAGGAACUGUCAGAUUUGUUUCUGGAAUCUGUGGCAAGGACACAGCAACAAGUGUACUCAAAUAAACUAGUCACAGCUGCUGUUCCCUUGUCACCCGCUGCUUUAUGUGCUCUGUGGACACUUCACUCUUCUUGUCUGGAGCAGGAAGUACUGGACAUGGUGGAAACUGUCACCCUGAACAGGCCUUACAUGGGUACAGAGGACAUGAAAACACUUAUCUGUUCACGGGCACUGCCCACAGCCUGUGUCCUGCAGCCUACAGUGAACAAUGUCACCAGAGAGAUUCUCAGAGAACUACUCCAGCAGUCUGCCGGCUCCCCAUCUCUUCUGAAACUGCUGAGAGUCUUUAAUGAGAGUUUCAUCUUGGAAGUUUGCAAGUUGCAAGGAGAGGUUCCCACAGUCCUCCAUCUGACCUACAACUUGCAGCUGCUCCCCCUAGUGCAUUUGCUGAUACUGCACCCUGCAGGUCUUAACCAACCAACCUGCCAAGAACACCUGAAGAACAUCUGUAAGACAUUACAGACUGUACAGUCACCUGCAUGUCAGGACACCUGGACACAAGUGACCCAAGCAGGGGGUUGCCAAAUAGGGCCUGGCAUCAGUUGCACCCACGACAGCUGGCUGGUGCUGGUACAGUUUGGUUGGUGGUACAGCAAGGCCUGUAAACUCCUGCUGCUCAGUCCUGUACCUCCCCAGUCCUGUCUACAGUACCUGGCCUGCUAUCACCUACCUACGUCACCUCAACAACAGCAGGGAUUCAUGAGCUGCAUACUUGAUGUUGCCUCCACACUCCACGAUCUCCUCCCUAAAAUCCACCCAAAGUCACAUGACUUGUUGUAUGCUGUAUCGGCCAAUCAGCAGCCAGAUUCACCAGCUCAAAGGGCUGUGAUUGGUCAGCUGCUGAUGCUGUUUCUACUGCACUCUGUGGGGGGUUAUGGGAUUGCUGAUGACGUUCUGAAUAUGGUUGUUGGUGAAGAAGAUGCUGUGACCAGAUUGGCUGUUCUGUUGGACACAAUUGAAGAGAAUGUUGUUGGACCAAAGACAGCAGAAAGUUUAUCCUGGGUAUGCCAGGACAAAAUCUCUGCAAUAAUCCAAACCAUCAGUUCCCUCCAACUUUCCACACAAGAGCAGUUUCAUACCUCCAAGGACAAAGACAGACUGGAGCUGGAUGAUCUGAACUGUAGAUGUGACAAACUCAAACACUUGAUGCAAGAAUUGCUAAAACCAAGUUAACACUUCUUGUGAAAGUGCUACUCAAGUUGUCGGAAGAAGUAACCGACAUUUUGCUAGGGUUUAUAUAUGACAUUUCAUGUUAUGUCAAUGGCAAGGAUCUUGCAGUCCUACAGA